AUUUCAUUCAGCUGAACCUGUUGUCCUAUUCUACUUUUGCCGUGAUUUGCGAGUUCACAUUCAUAGAGACUUUUAUCUCGGUGGCAUUUGAACCCUGCUUUGUUUACUGUGCGUGCCGGGUGCUGGGUCUGACUAACUCCAUGUUGUGGCUCCCGAUUGCCUAGUCUUGUCCGAAGUGUCGCCUGCAGCUUCCUGGCAGUAAAUUUCUUGAUCCGUUCUUUCACCGCAGUGCUGGGAUUUUUUUUUUUCAGGGUAUGGAGCUGGUGCACAACAUGAGCGCCGGCGUUGUGAUGAACGGCCUCAACCUGGUGCUGAGGAACCUGCAGAGAGAGCAGUCUGGGUCGUACACGUGCACGGCAGCAAACAAUGAAGGUCGGGUCACCAGCAACGCCGUGCUCCUCUCCGUCAGACACGUGCCAGUGUGCGCCGGUGCCAGGCAGGAAAAGACACAGGGGGCUGCCCGAGGCUCAACAGCAGCCGUCAAGUGCGUAGUGGAAGCGGAGCCCAGCCAUGGCAUCAGAUGGACGUGGUACAGGAAACGGGUGGAUGGCAGCGAGGAAGAGAUACCAGAGGAGGACGUGAGGAGUGAUGGUCUCUCCUCCAGUGUGCUCGUCACCCCACACACCCCGGAAGACUAUGGACGAUUCCUCUGCCUGGCUGCUAAUGACGUGGGCAGCCAGGAAACAGCGUGCGUGGUGACCCUGGUGCCUGCCGGGCCUCCGGACACCCCGACAAACUGCUCUGUCAAUCCCAUUAAAGACAUUGCGCUCCCCGACACCGCCACUCUCGCAAUCAAUUGUCUGGAGGGCUUCGACGGCGGGCUGCCUCAGAAGUUCUUCAUGGAGGCGUGGCAGGAGGGGGUUCUCAAGGCCAACAUGACUAGCGAUUUUCCAGAGUGGGUCGUGAAGGACCUGCAGACGGGUGUGAGCGUCAGCGUGAAGGUCGCCGCUUACAACGCCCGAGGGAGGAGUGAGGGCCGGACCAUGGAGGUUCACACGACGAGCGCCCAGCACCACGCCGCGCCAGGUUUCCUUACUCCAGACACUGAGGCACCAAUAGACAUUCCUCCCCUGGUGGGGGCCGCCCUGGGUCUUGUCGCUGUCCUCCUCUUGCUCUUGGUGGUAGGCGUGGUGCUCUGCAGGAGGAUGAGGCCCCGCCCCCGCAAACCCACAGCCGCCGAAGUGCCGCUGACGCCCGGCGUGGGAGUGGACGGUUUCGACCCUGAUGUAGUGGCGUCCAUCCAGCGGCCGCGACCUGGCCUCGACGUGAUCCCCAGUGACCAGGAGGAUGACCGAGACUACGAGGAUUCCUAUGAACAUGAACGUUUUAACACAGACGAUGACGAGGACAUGUUACAGGCACAUGCGACACGACACUCAUGCGUUCAUGUACACAGAACAGGCGGUGCCGGCUCCAGUGAACAAGUGGGGCAGGGAAUGUACGCGCGGGGCGAAGGCGGGCCGUGUUCCUGUGUGCACAGCCGUGGGAGCAGAACCUCGCAAGACGUCGCCGUGCCCGAACACAGUAGGGACGGGCAGGGUGCUCCCAACAAUGACUCUCAGAGUUAUGACUCAGGAGUAUCUGAGUCAGAGUCUGACUCGGAGUUGCAGGUGAUGGCAGGAAGCAACGUGGCCGCUGUCGUCCGGCAGUACCCUGAUAGUGGCCGUUCCUACGUCACGCUGUCACCCGGAGAGGCACUGGCUCAUGUCACGCCCGAUGCCGAGGUUCAUCUGCUUCCGAUGAGCCACGUGGGCGUCGGUUCCCGGCCUCCUUCGUCUCUAGACGUGCAGUCCGCCAACCCGUCCCCAAUGGAAGUCCGACUCAAACCUUUUGUGUCCAAGGAGUACCAGGUGUCGUCCGAUGAUGCAGAAGGUCUUCUUCUGCUGCCAUCCUCGUGCCGAGAAGUGCGCCUGGUUCCAUCUUCCGUUGCAGAAUCACGACUAACCAAAGGGUCUCCGUCUGAGCCACGUGUGCCCUCUUCCUUCGGGGAAAUGAAUGUGAGAGAGGCUUCUCGCAGAUCAUCGCGACCUCCCUCAAGCUGUGCCAUUAGGUCUCCAACCUCACAAGCGGAGGUAAUAUGUCUUCCUAUAUCUCCCGCUGAAUCCUCUUCGUCACGUUUGCUGUCAGAAAGGAGAUCAAGAGAGGCGACCCCCAAAGCAGCAAAAAAACCACGCCCUUCUUCUUCCCGAGACGCCCAGGUUCACCCAGGGGCGUGGGUACACUCAGAACACGACGUGGGACACCCGAUGACACAGGACCAGCUCGACCUGGGCAGAACGGUAACACUGUUGCAUGGUGAGCAGGGCGAGGUGGUGUUCAUACCAAGGAAAUCUCCCCAAGGUGUUGAGAGCAGGAGGAGCAGCCGUCAGUGUACUCCAGUAUUACAAAACGUCAAGUUGUGUGACGCUGCUCCUUCACCACUUCCUGAUACGUUACCCAAAGCUGUGGCUAAAGAAAGCAAGGCUAAAGCGCUGAAGCGGCUAAGAGAAAUGGAGAAGCUUGACCAGACCAUAAAUACCAGUCCCGCUCUUCCCUUCGCACCUCAGGUGGUCCCGGACAGCCAAACCAAACUAUCCCCCGCGGUUCGACGAAGCUACCAACCCCGACCCAACCCAGACGUGUGCAGGCGGGAAAGCUCAGUAUGACCCAGGCUCCCUGGCCUGCUGUGAUGACCUACCGUGCCUGAGUGACCGUGGAUACUCUCUGUUACUCAUUGGAAGGAAAAUAAUGCCAUGAAGAUCGCAGCAUGAUGUGUUCGACGUCAUCUCCAUGAGUUUCUUUUGUCAGUUACUUCCC